AUGAAGCUUGGGGAUUCUCAAGCUGUUCCUCCUACACAGGCUUGGUUGCGGCUGGUGUUCUUCCCUUCUUAUUGGUCAUUGUGCAAACUGCAAGGGUUGCAGCUGAGAGGGGUAAUUCCGGAAGAGCUCCAAAACCUGACUUUCCUCACGGAUCUGGUUCUAAGAUCAAAUAACUUCUCUGGUUUGCUUCCAUCUGAACUGAGGCUUUUGCCAAGUCUGCAACAACUGGAUGUAAGCUCAAAUAACUUCUUUGGUUCAGUCCAGUUGGGUAAUCUGCCAAGUCUACAGCAACUGAACAGAAGCCACAACAGCUAUGCUGCAGAGCUCCCACCUGAGCUGGGGAAUUUGUUAAGUCUGCAACAACUGGUUAUAAACUACAAUUACUUCGCUAAUUGGCUCCCACCUGACCUAGGGAAAUUGGCAAGGCUGCAACAAUUGGAUAUAAGCCACAAUAACUUUGCUAAUUGGCUCCCACCAGAGUUGGGGAAGUUGUCAAGUCUGCAACAAUUGGAUAUAAGCUCCAAUAAUUUCAUUGGUACGCUCCCACCUCAAUUGGGGAAUUUGGAAAGUCUGCAACAACUGAAUAUAAGCUACAAUAACGUCAAUGAUUCACUCCCACUUGAACUGGGGAAUUUGGCAAGUCUGUGA